CGAGGUUGAGAUCUGCAGCAUUCAUUCAAAAAUCGCACAGUCCUGUCCGUUCAAUGUUUAUGUAACUUAGAAAGAAAGCUACAUGAUGGGUGCUGCAAUAAGUUAUUUACCGAGUAUUAACAAGCCUAAAGCUACUGUUAUCAUUGCAAUUUUUUCAGGAAUUUUAUACGCCUUCCCAGCAAAAAUUGGAGAUGAAUUUAUGAAGUUAUUACAUCUUGGGUCAUUUGCGACCUUUUUUGGAACACAGUUUUGGGUCACAUUGGUAUCUGGUGUUGUUAUGUACAAUGUACUUCCAAGGCAAAUGUUUGGUUUACUGCAAAGUAAGAUGUUUCCAAAAUACUUCCUUGCUGGCACAUUUUUCUCAAGUGUUGCUUUAUCUUCAUAUGUUGCAAACAUUCCUGUCAGGAUAUGGUCAGGAGAUCAAAAAAUCCAGGGUUGGCUCCUAGGCCUGAUGCUAGCUUCAAAUGCUGCAAAUUAUUAUGUCAUUGAACCAAUUACCACUGCUCAAAUGUUCAAAUGUCAUAAAUAUGAGAGAGAGCAUGGGGAGAGUGGACAAGAAGUCGGAAUCCCUCUAAGCAAGGGAUUGCAGAGUGACAAAACAUACAUGGAGCUUCGUGGCAUGUUUUUCAAACUGCAUGCAGUUUCUUCAUUAGUAAAUAUGGUUUCGCUAGGAUGUUCCUCUGCAUAUCUUUGGUAUUUGGCAAAAAGCUUGAACUGGUAG